CGGUUUGAGGCUGAUUCAGAAAACUACAGCAGGACGACGCGCACGUAGUUUGUCCGCAGAGUUGAGCAAUUUUGACAGAGAACUCUCGAUUAAAAUGGCGUAUCACUACAGUCCACACAGAUUUAACAACCCUCCGGACCAGAGUUUUCUGUGGAAUAUCUUCCAGAGGGUUGACAAGGACCGGAGUGGAGUGAUAUCAGACUCAGAGCUUCAACAGGCUUUAUCAAAUGGUACAUGGACUCCUUUCAACCCAGUGACGGUGCGGUCUAUAAUAUCCAUGUUUGAUAGGGAAAAUAAAGGUGGGGUGAAUUUCAACGAGUUUGCUGGCGUGUGGAAGUACAUCACAGACUGGCAGAACAUCUUCAGGACCUACGACAGGGACAACUCUGGCUUCAUUGAUAAGAAUGAGCUGAAGCAGGCGCUGACUGGAUUUGGUUAUCGUCUAUCUGACCAGUUCUACAGUACACUGAUAGAGAAGUUUGACCGCCAAAGGAAGGGACAAGUGGCCUUUGAUGACUUCAUCCAGUGUUGUAUUGUACUACAGAGACUGACUGAUGUGUUUAGGCGGUACGAUACAGACCAGGAUGGCUGGAUCCAGGUUUCAUAUGAACAAUAUCUAUCCAUGGUCUUCAAUAUAGUAUAAUGCACAUAGAUCAACGUAGAAGCACACAACUGGACACAACUGUGCCAAAGCCUUCGGCACCUCCUGGAUGUUUGCUAUGUUGGACACUAUAAGAUAUUUUUUUAACCCAGUUUUUAGCCUCACUGGUUGCACACAAAUUUCUAAAUAUGAUAGAAGGAAUCUCAAGGAGGUGCAAUUAUUUGGGGUUUGAGGACCCUUUUGAUGACAGCAUUUGCAAGAGUGAUUUAAGCUGAGGGGGGGAAAAAAUC